GUAGCCAUGGGUCCCACUGAACAAAAAGAUCUUCCACUGCCAUUGGAAACGAGACCGUGGAUAGAGAAAGGACUAGCUGCUUUGAAAGAAAAGGAUCCAAAACCGAUAUACAGGCCACCACAAUCUGAAAAGACCAAACAAAGAAAAACGCACUUUGCCGAGAAGACCGUCGAGCAUACUUUCUUUGAUGAUCUGCAAACAAGUUUAAUUGUUAAGGUGAAUGAGCAGCCACUUUUAUCUCCUAACAAUGUGCUGCCUCAUUCUAUUCUAGACAAGUAG